AUGCGUCUCUCCUUCGUGGUCGCCGUCGUUGCUGCUUUCAAGUUGACAUCGAUUGUCCCUGGUUAUGCGAGUCGCAAAAAUGCUGCGCUGGCUAUGCAUGUGUACCAUUCAUGGUUCCUGAUGGGAUCGGAUAUUUUUGCGAUGGACCCUACGACAGGUACAAAAGUCAAGAUAGUGGAGGAAAAAAAGCAAGAGUCAUUAGCAACUGACAGAGAACGGGUGAAUCGGCAUAUGAACAGAAGUAGUGCGCGAGCAUACCGAGCUUCGCAGCGUAAAAUGACGGAGCUUGCUAAGUCUGGUGACCAAAAGAUGGGACACAUGUACAUUGACAUUCAACCAAGGACAAGCAACAAUGUCGUAUGA